AUGGCUGAGAUCGAGCCAAGGCGUCUACUGGUACAGGACAAGGCCGGUAGUGACAAGUCGACACUCAUGAGAUUCGUGGCACACCACCCGACGACGAGGUCUGCGCUUGCUUCGUGGACUGGCUCCCACGAACUCGUUAUCGCGAGCCAUUUCUUCUGGAACUUCGGGUACCCGGCGCAGAAGCCGUAG